AUGAAGGCACCAACCAUAUCAGAAGAUGUGAAAUACUUAGACGACAAGAAAAUUAAUAAGAUUAAUAGAAAAUUUAAAGUUUCUGAACAAUUUAGCCAUGAGUUUAAGUGUGCUCUCAACUCAGUGUUUGGAGCAGGAAGAUUAUAUGUUGGAACACACCACUUAUGUUUCAGUUAUCUAAAAAUCAUCAAAAAGAAACAUGUUAUAAUGGCAUGGAAUGAAAUGAGUGACAUCAAUAAGAUUAAUGGGAAAUGUAUUGAAAUUAGAACAAAAAAUGGAAUGUUUAUUUUAAUUUAUUGUAGUUCAAAAGUGAAUGAGUUGUUUGAUUCAUUGAUGGAAAGUUGGAGAAGAAGCAUUAUUUUCUCAGAAAAACUCAAACAAAUAACAAAGAGACAAACAAAUGAAAUAACUGAUAAAAGAAUUAAUGAAGAAAGGAUUUUAAAAGAAGAACCAAAACAUAUUGUAACAAUACACCGUUUUCAUAAAAAUGCAAAUGAUUUAUUUAUGUUAGUGUUCAGUAACAAUGACACUAUUAAACAGUUAUAUGAUGAUAUUGGACAAAAGGAUGUUAAAACUGAAGGAUGGCAAAAUGAGACUAAUGGAGGAAAAUUACUUUAUUUAUCAUACAAAGGAGUUUCAAGUGUUAUUGGGAUGGAAACAAGAAUAGAAGAGAAAUGGGAAAUGAGAAUGAAUGAGAAUGGAAUUACUAUAGCAAUGGUAGUUAGUGUAUUUGAUAUUCCAUAUUCUAGUUAUUUUAAAAUUGAAAGUUUGAUGAAAAUGACUGAUGAAGGAGAGUAUUGUGAUAUUGUUGUUAAACUCAAUGUUAAAUUUAUGAAAAGUACUAUUUGGAAGAAUCGAAUAGAACAAACAACAAUGAAAGAGUACAAAAAUAAAUAUGAAGAAUGGAUGAAAUUAAUUGGAAAGAUGAUUGGAGAUUCUCAGUUUGAAGAGAUUGAAAAAUAUAAUAAUACUAAUCAAAAUUCUAUAUAUAAUAAAAAAAUCAUUUAUGGAAUGAUUCUUCUUAUUAUUGUUUGUAUUAUUUGUUGUUUAUUAUAUUUAUUAAUAAAAACUUUUCAUUAA